GCACGGAACUAAUGACAACACACAGUUGUUUCUAUCAGGAAGGUUUUAAUGUUGCUGAAUGCACUCUCGCUGCCACCUUAUGUAUGGCUGCUACUCCUGGAACGUCAAAUGGUUUCAGAGGGAGUCAGAAGUAGUAUGCCUGUUUGUGGUUGUAAAGGCAUAAGGACAUGUCUAACAUGUGAGAGAAUAACGGGCAAAAUUGGCUUGACUGCAAAUGAAAUUACAAAGGAAUCACAAGAAUUUACAUACAAUCCUUUAUCAGAACUGGCCAUAAGAUGUGUGACUGGGGUUCAAGAAUCAUUUCCCUUCCCUGGAGUGUUUCUAUGCGAAAACUUUGUCACUGAGGAGGAGGAGAAGGAACUGGUGUCUAAAAUGGAUGAAGAUAUUUGGAGAGAAUCCCAAUCAGGAAGAAGGAAACAGGAUUUUGGCCCUAAAGUUAACUUCAAAAAGAGACGUGUACGUGUUGGAGGCUUCUGUGGCCUGCCAUCAAUAAGUCAAAAACUAGUGGCCCAAAUGAACCAAUUGCCCCAGCUUAAUGGUUUUCAUCCGGUGGAGCAAUGUAACCUGGACUACAAUCCUCAGCGAGGGUCUUCUAUUGAUCCCCACCUUGAUGACAGCUGGUUAUGGGGAGAGCGAUUAGUUACGAUCAACUUACUUUCAGACACCAUUCUCACAAUGAGCCUGGAUGGAGGAUGUGGACAAUUGGAUCAAGAAGAAGUGAAGGUCCAUCUCUCUCGUAGGUCCUUGGUUGUGUUGUAUGGUGAGGCAAGACACCGAUGGAAACAUGCAAUCCAUAGAAAGGACAUUCACAGUCGCAGAGUGUGUAGUACAUUCAGGGAGCUUUCUGCUGAGUUUCUAGAAGGCGGAGAACAAGCAGAGAUGGGCUCCCAACUGUUGAACAUUGCCUCCAGCUUCCAUGGUGUUCCUCUGUGACAAUUUAUUAUAGAAUUUCACUCUGGAUGGGAUUGUGGCAUAGGCCUAAUAUCAAGUUAAUCAACAAUAGCAUGUUAUAGCCAGCAUAUGCUACUUUCGUAAUCACACACAGUUUGACAAUUCUUGCACUUUAAGUCAAAGAUAAAUACCUUGGUCGUAUAAUUUUCGAUUUGUUUUAUAAUAAUAAUAAAAAAAAAUACCCAUCUAGAAUAUAGAAAUGUGUCUGUGUUGAUUGAUGAGCUAGGUUUGUACACUGGAGUGUGGCAUGGUGCAAAAUGGGUUCUUGCCUACUUGUAAAUACUGCUUCAAUGUAUCAGUACUGUUCAUGAUACGAUUCAGCUCACUAGUUUAGCAAUCAAAAUUGUAGAUUGCUUUUGCAGCUGUUUUGUUGUAUUUGUUGUUGUCCAUGACAGCAGCUACUGCAUUAAGGACUCUCAUUAUUGUUGUUGAGGACAUUGUUAUUAUAUUACAACAUAAAUACCAAUACCAAUUUAAAUAUUGCAUAUUUGCCUGUAAGAAAGGCUUAUGUUAGACUAGACCAAUAUCAGUUUCAUAGUGUGCCAUAGGAAUAUGGACAAUGCCGG